GGGAUAAACAAUAGAAAUAAAAUGACCUCUCCAUCUAAAGUAACAAAAAGACGCAAAGAAAAAUCUAAUAAUGGUGUCGCCGAGAAACCUGAAAAACAAACUGUACCUGACGACAACAAAAAUGGCAAAGGCAAAGAAACAAAAAAAUUUAAAUAUGGCCCCUUACCUUCCUUUCCAAGUCAACGAGUCUGGAGCAGAGGUAUCAUAAUCAUAGGAGUAGUUAUUUACAUAUUUUACUUCUCUAAAAGUACCAAAGAGUCAGUCCUAGCCAAACAAUCUGAAACUUAUAUUAGAAGAUCGCAAGUUGUUGAGUGUAGCACUGAGUUUCUAGAAGACAUAAAACAGUACAAAGGAUGCAUUCCCGAAAAAUGUGGUAGAUAUGUUAGUGAUAAAAUAGUGACUGUCCAAGAAGCAGAUAUAUUGAAGAAACUAGCCAUACGAGUAAUGGCAGACGGUGGUUCAUCAGGUGGAGCUUCUAUUAUGGACCUGCACACAGGAGCUUUGUCAUAUAAAGAUACAUUUAUAAAUGUCUAUGCCCAAAGUGGUGAAAAUAAAGUACUUACAGCAGAAGAAAAAAAGAUAUAUCAACUAGUACGAAAAAAAAUUCAAACCUCAAUUGCAGAGUCUUUUGGAAUUGAAUUUAAUAGUUUGCAUUUAACAUAUCCAACCUUUUUUUCUAGACUUACAGGUGUUGAACCUAAAACAAGACAUGAUGAAUAUUGGCAUGAACAUAUUGAUAAACGUACUUAUGAAUCAUUCCACUACACAUCAUUGCUAUACUUAAACGAUUAUGAGAAGGAUUACAAAGGAGGCAGAUUCAUAUUUUUAGACAACAUAGAAAAGCCGACUAAGAAUGUGACAGUCGAACCCAAAAAAGGUAGAGUACUUAUGUUUACUUCAGGACACGAAAAUCCACACUAUGUCGAGAGGGUGACUGAAGGUCAAAGAUUUGCUAUCACUGUUUCUUUUACUUGUGAUUCUACAAAGGCCAUAGCUGAUCCGAAAAUGUAACAAUGGAUCAUUUAGAUAUUUUUUUAAUAAUUUAUCAGGGUAGCCACUACUUGUAACUUUUGUUGUCAAAAUUGAUGACAAUGUAAUGUCACACACAUACUUUGAUU